CCCCAUUGUUUCCAUCAUCAACCACCAACAAGCAAUCCAAUAACUUGAAUCUUUUCAUACAUAUUCAGAAGCUUUAAAGAGAAUUCAAAAUUUUCAGACAAAAGAAAUAGAAAUGGCUUUGGUGAGAAGUCUAUUGGGUGCAAAGAAGAUUCUAAGUCGCUCAACCAGAGUAGCCUCGGAGGCCCCUAAAGGGUUUCUUGUGGUGUACGUAGGAGAGAGCCAGAAGAAGAGAUAUUUGGUGCCAAUCUCAUACUUGCAUCAACCUUCAUUUCAAGCUCUUCUCAGUAAAUCGGAAGAAGAGUUUGGGUUCGAUCAUCCGAUGGGUGGCUUAACGAUCCCUUGUCCCGAAGAUACCUUCAUCAAUGUGACUUCUCGGCUCCAAUGAUGAUUUUCCAACAUUUGGUUCUUCCGAGUUAGAGAUAGACUAUUGAAACUAUUGUAAAUAGAAAUAGAGGAUUUUUAUUCUUUCUUUUUUCUCUUUCUUCUUGAAAGAGUUGUUCUAACUUUUUUGAAAUGGAUGCCAUUUUUUAUUCAAUAGACACGAUCAUGGUUCAUGUUAA